UCCUAUCAACAUUAUAUAUUAUUAUAUUAUAUUAUAUAGUAUGUUUACAUAAAUUAUCAUUGAAAACCUGGUUGCACUUUAAUGUUAGUAAGUGUUCCAAUUAACAUUUUCUUAACAAUAAGCCGAUUUUCAUGAAAAAAUCUUUAAUAAAAUAAUUUAAAAAAAAAAAACAUAUUAGAGAGAUUGACAAUCAAUAUGCAUAAAAAAGAUAAUGCAGUGAAACAGCAGACUGCUGCAUACAGUCCAGGCAGUGGCAUACGACAAGUAAAAACCACAAACGUAUUUCGCGUGCUAAAUUUUGAACUGUACGCCAAGCCGAAUAAAAUCAUUAUGUGCAUUGGUUUGGCUUGCAUAACUGGUGUAAUGGGGUACAUAACCUACAUGAGGUCAAAAUAUGAAGAUAUGGGCUACUAUGCGGCAAUGCAAGAGGAUGGACAUGAAGUGUUUACCAAAAAACAAUCCAAAUGGGAUACUUAAUUAUGCUUUUACUAUAAAUGAAAAAGUAUUGUCUGUAAAUAACUACCUCUUAAUAAGUAAGAGAAAAACAAAGAUUGCAGUAUAAAAAACAUUGUAUGAAAACACACAAUACUACAUAUUUAUCAACCCGUUCGACUUUUCAUAUAUUCUACGUAAUGAACUUCAUAUAUAUUAUUGCGCGAAGAAAUAUUCAAGUUCAAUUUUUCGUUUCCUAUUCUUACUUUCAAUUUGGCAAAAAUGUGUAUAACAAUUCAAUCUCAAACUGUACCAAAAAGUAAAUAUGAUUUUUUAUUCAUUUUUGUUAUUGCCUUAGCAAUGGUUGUCAUUUUUCUUUGACUUACAAUUGAAUCUUUAGAUGGCGUUUUGGUGAGCGUUUAAGAAAUUAAUAAAAAUAUGUAGAAACGAAAAAAAAGUUAUUCGUUUAAUAAGAUU